GUGGCUCGGCGCGGCUGGAAGCGUCGCCGCCCUCGAGCGUCUCGUCGCUGGCCGACGAGGAACUCGUGGAAGCGCCUGGCGGCGACUUCUCCUCCCCCGCGCGACGACCCGAGAGCGAUCCCGGAGGCGCCGAGUCCGGCGGCCCGCCUACCAUUGGCUCGCGGCCCGGCAAACAGCGGGACAGCUCCUCCAAGGGCUCCGCACGCGUCGAGAAUCCCCAGAUCUUGCCUCGUUGCAAUUGCGACGAGCUGAGGAAUGCCGACGCGCAUCUCGAGACAAAAGACCUGUGGGAGAAGUUUCACGAACUCGGUACCGAGAUGAUCAUCACCAAGACAGGAAGGCGGAUGUUUCCUACGCUACGCGUCUCAUUCAACGGCCUGCAUCCUGACGGGCGCUACGUGGUUCUACUAGACAUCGUUCCUGUGGACAACAAGCGGUACCGGUAUGCGUAUCACCGGUCUUCGUGGCUGGUGGCCGGCAAGGCGGACCCUCCAUCGCCGGCGCGCCUCUACGCACAUCCGGACUGUCCCUUCACGGGGGACCAGCUGCGCAAGCAGGUUGUCUCCUUCGAGAAGGUCAAGCUCACCAACAACGAGAUGGACAAGCAGGGACACAUCGUGCUGAAUUCGAUGCACAAGUAUCAGCCACGCAUCCACUUGGUCAAACUGCGGCCAGACUGCUGCUCAAAUCCACCCGUCAUAACGGACCUCGAAGCCGAGCAAUAUCGCACUUAUAUCUUUCCUGAAACUGUUUUCACCGCGGUAACAGCAUAUCAAAAUCAACUAAUAACCAAACUUAAAAUAGACAGCAAUCCAUUCGCCAAGGGCUUUAGAGAUUCUUCAAGGCUAACGGAUCUAGAAGGGGAAUCUGUGGAGACCUUACUUCGAGAGCAUGCCUUUCGACACUCGCCCUUCAGGGCUUUCAUGACUGGGGAUUUACCACCAGAGCAUCAAUUCUUCGCCACCGCGGGUGCCUUGGGACGGCUGCCAACGGGAAGCGAGCUCCUGUUGCUGGCCAAUGGCGCGUCCCCCUGGAAAGUACCUACUGUGCCCAUGGCCAUGGCUGACUUGACAGCACUUAUGAGCGCCCAGCAGCAGCAGAUGCACUCAAUACCUGGCCUCUACCUGGGCUUCCCGCGCACGCUGUUCCCUCCCUUUGCGGUAGCUGGUACAGCAGCGGCAGCGCCCGUGCCGCCAGCGCGUUCCCCGUGCCCACCACCACCAACGUCGCCGACAGCAGCAGGUCGUGCGGCCCCCAGUGCCAGCUCACCUGGACCGCCACUGUACCCACCACGCGCCACCGCGGCGGCCGCCGCCUAUCCUGGCCUCAAGUUCCACCCCUACUUCCAUCCGAGGCUCCUCAGCGCCUCCGCGGGACCGCGGGAAGGCAGCCCGGUCGAAUACGACACAGCCGCACCACAAGUGUGA